GCAGGGUAGUUUGAAGGGCGGUCCCGGCGGAGAGAAAGGAAAGUAUGGAUCAGAGCGCUGCUGCAGAUUUUCCGCGAGGAGCUUCUUUCUGAAAGCUGCAACUUACCGAGUUAGUUUUAUUUUUUUAGGUCAAAUACGUUGAUAAAGACGCGGUUCUGCUACUUUGCAUUUAUAAAUACUUUUUAUUUAAUACUUUUUUUUUACUACAACGUGGCCAGGCUCGUGUAAGUUGUAUUUAUUUUGAAUGGUUGUCCUUUGCAAGUUAUCAAUACCUUCAUGGCUUUGAUAGCGAGCGACCUGAACGGAGCCGCGGUGAUUUACAGGCGAGUUGGGUCAAGGAAAGACGCGAUUCAAGGCUCAAAAGCGACCAAAAUGCAACCCAAGGAGACGGAGUACACCACGGACGGGCUGCCGAAAGCCUUUCUGCACAGCCUCAGGACUCUGUUUGACAUUUUGGACGACGACAGACGCGGGUACGUCCACAUCUCGGAGAUAGAGAGCCGCUGGCAGGGCGCAGACACCAGGGGUCUGCCCGGCGGAGUGCUCGGCUGCCUCAGGAGGGUCACCCCUCCGCAUGGCUGCCUCACCUUUGAGCGGUUCGUGGCCGGGCUGCGGUACUCCAUGCUGAACCCGGAGAACAACUCCCACUUCAAGGCCCACCCGCAGCAGGGUCCGAGGCAUCCCCACAAACACGCCCCGCCGCCCGCCGCAUGCAGCGCCGGAGCUCGGGCGGAGAACAAAGUCCGUCCGCUGGGCAACGUGACCAACACCCAGCAGCACCGGGCGCCCUCCCUGCAGAGCCGCGCCCGGCCGGAGGAAGGACCGGGGUUCCCCGCGGGGGGACAGGCGCGCUACGGCUCGGGCUUCCAGAGGUCCGGGCGGAGUUUGGAGCGGACUGCCGUCGCUCCGGAGGACGGCUGCUUCCACCCGGACCCGGGCCAGGCUGCCCAGCCCACACAACCGCAGCAGAGCCGAAUCAGGAACAUCGAGUCUCUGGCGCUGGAGUCUCCCCAGCAGCUCCAGGAACCAUGUAUUAUGAGAUCAGGUUUGCCAAGAUCGCAGAGUGAGUCAGCUACAGGAUUAGCCGGCGGUUCCAGGCGACAUGGGCGGAGUCGGGAGGAGCAUAGGAGGCAUACCAUUUCCAACGGAGUGGAUUAUGGAAUGCUGAAGCAAAUGAAGGAGUUGGAGCAGGAAAAGGAUUCCCUGCUGUCGGGCCUGGAAGUUGUGGAGCGGGCCCGAGAGUGGUACCAAGGCCAAAUCCACAAUGUCACAGAGAGACAGCGACAAGCGGGACAAAGCUCCCACUGCACCGAGUUUUUCACAGACGCCAGUCCAAGUCGCAUGAAUGUCCUCAUUCCCAAACUGCAAGAAGUCAAUCGCUGCCUCAAUGACCUGAUUUCCUGCACUGGAACGCAGUCAUUUCCCAGUGGCGGUGCGCAGACAGCGGUGCUCUCAGCAAACUCCCAGCCUCCGCCUCCAGCUCCUCCACAAGCCAUUCAGAGACUAAAGGACCAGAACAGACUUCUCACUCAGGAGGUGACCGAGAAGAGUGAGCGGAUUGCUCAGCUCGAGCAGGAGAAGUCGGCUCUGAUAAAGCAGCUCUUUGAGGCUCGAGCUCGCAGCGCACAGGACACCAGCACCAUGGAUUCCACCUUUAUCUGAUUAGCCUCACGUCAUCAAAACAAUCAUCAGAGACGGAUUAUUCAUCGUGUGGUUCUGUCAGCGUAUCUGGGCAGGUCUGAUGGAGGGCCAAGAGAUUUCUGUUUACCUGACUGAACAUUAAUGGCAGUAAUGCACCUUUUUUAGGUACAGCACAUAAAACAUCCUCGACUACAAACUGAGGCCAAUCUACUACAAACCAAACACUACCUGAAUGUGAACACUCCUGACCUGGGUGACCUGAGAGCAAGCUGCUUUUCCAGCUAAAAAAAAAAACAGAUCACUCUUCAAACCAGACAGGUCUCAUGAUCCCAAUCACUGCGUUUCUUUGAAGAACGGCGUCUGGAAAAUCAACACUCCCUCUUCUUAUAAAGACUUUGUAUUUCUGCUGCUCAGCUGCACAAGGAACAGAGCACAAACUUCACUGUGAGCAAAGCUCCAUUAAAAUGGCCAAGAAGGGUGUUUGGACAGUGCAAAAAAAAUAUAUAUUUUGUUGGAAUAAAAUGCCAUACUCCAGCUAACGAUA